GGCUCGGCGGCGUUCGGUGCUGAAGUGGGGCGGAUGGACGGAAAAACGGCGGCGAUGGACGUUCCGCGGCUGAAUCCACAUUAACGAUGCUCUCCGAGAGCCGUCGAGACACCGCGGCGUGCGUACCCACCACCCUGGGACACUGACAGUUUGACACAAAGCGAUGCUGUACUUUCAAGUCCACAAACGACCCAUUGGCUGAGAUUGGAGGAAGCCCAGAGGGCGAGAGAAGAAACCGAAGGCACGGUUGUGAGCUGAGGGGAGAGAUUUCCACGAGCGUCUCUGGUCAGGGAUGGUGAAAGCACUAAGCGCUGCUGCCGUUGGUAAAAAAGGACCACCUGGCCUUGCCCCGAGCCUCCCGCCAGCUACCGAGGCAGUCCAUUAGCCGCUAUCGGCCCCUCCGCCGAGCGGCCCCGCUAUCGUCUGGCAACCGAUUACCUCACGCCAUGAACACUCUGUCUGACCUGCUUUCAACAACUAACUAAUUCAUGCCCCGGAGUGUGAGUGGAGUGGAGAUGAGAAAAAGGCAGGCGGCGCACAUCGAGGCCCCACCGCAGGUCCCUGGACAGCCCCGACCCAACACCUGCUGCCUCUGCUGGUGCGGCUGCUGCAAGUGUCUCUGGAGUGAAGACCGGAUGGAGAGAAGCGAACGCCAGACCUGCACCAAGAUGGACAGUAUUGAAGCUGCAGAAGAACACGUGUCCUGCCGCAGACACCCCAGCCUCGACGAGGUGCUGUCGUGGUCUCGGAGCUUUGAGAUGAUGCUGCGCUCGCUGGAGGGCAGGGAGAUCUUUCGGGAGUUCCUCAGGUCAGAGUACAGCGAGGACAACCUCCUCUUCUGGUUGGCCUGCGACGAGCUGAAGAAGGAGACGGAUCCCUCAGUGGUGGACGAGAAGGCCAGGAUCAUAUACGAAGACUACGUGUCCAUACUGUCGCCGAAAGAGGUGAGCCUGGACUCACGGGUACGCGAGGGCAUCAACCAGAGCCUGGCCGAGCCCAGCAGCCUGAUGUACGAGGAGGCACAGCUCCAAAUCUACACGCUGAUGCACCGGGACUCCUUCCCCCGCUUCCUCAACUCCAGCGUUUACAGAGACCUCCUCGCCAACAGGAGGCGCACCUGCCUGGACACCUAAAGACCCCGCCCGCACCCCACCUUACCCUCUAUCGCGACGACGACGACGUCGUCAACUAUGGUGCCACAAGUCCGGUUUGGAAAAACAAACUCUUUCUUGAUUGCAAAAAGACUGAAUGACAUCCCAGAUAGCUGGUUAUUGUUCUUAUUUAUAUUUUUAAGCAAUUUCUAGCCGGUGAUGUGAAUUUGCUGGUUGCUUUUAGGUCAAAUUUGACGAGGCCGCCUUCUCCGGCUGCUGAUUGUUUUCGCGAGCGCAGAUGUCUCGAUGGUCAUGUUAGACUGGACUCCUCAGGACCAGGAAGUAAGCGAGAACAUGAGAGAGAGAGAAUGGACACGCCAACUAUUCCUGUACUGUAAUAAUGACACCUUACUUUUCAAUUCCCCCCCAUGUCAUUCUGAGCUAACAAAAGGAAGGCUAUCUCACGCCGGCGACUGCAACCGUGUAAUUUUUUUUUUCUGGAUUAGUUUUCCGGAAAGGGAAAGUAAGUAGUUUUAUUCAAGGGGAGGCGUCCACAUUGAAGCAGCACCCGUCCACGUUUCCAUCUAUCCGUCCAUCCGAGCACUUUCCUUCUUUCGCGUGGGAGGAGUAAGGGCUAGACUUGUGGUUGGGCAGCUACAUGUAACUCAACAAUGCCUUCACACAUGUAAUGAGAAAAUAUUGGCUGCACAAGUGGCGCUGCUGUAGCCCCCCCUCAUCCCCCCAUGGAAAAUAACCACAGUUAAUCCCACCCAUUCCUUUCUUUUUCCCUCGUCCUGCUUCCCAUUCGUACCCUCAUAGCCUGACAAGCACAGGUCCAAAAUAAAUUAUAAUAAUAACACAGCAGUAGUGGUCUACAUUCAGGCACUGACGCCGUUAGGAUAACGGGCCCAUAACGGGCCCUUGGCCUUUUGCUGUGAGGUGAAGCGGGUGCCAAACAUGAUGUCAACUGCGCGGAGGAGAAGAGAACUCGUUAUAGCCAGCAAAUUGUCCGUUAGCGUCAAUGCUAACACUUCUCUGUGGGCGCUAGGCUAGAGCCGCUUGCUAAGUUAGCAUGCCUUUGCGCCACACAUUCUUUGGACUACUUUUCUAAAAAAAAAAAAAGAAAAAAGAAAAAAAAUCAGACUUUAAAACGCAUGAUAGUGUCGCUUUAAAGAA